AUGGCCAGCAAAAGAAUACAACCUCUGGUUGCCUACGACGAUGACUCCGACCACCAUAACGAGGGUGAUGAUGCCAACCUCGACGACUUCUUACCGCAUGCGAAACGCCGAAGACUGAAUCCCCAGGCUAUUGACAGUAACAGCACUUCGCCGGCCCGACGACCAACACGCGCUCAGCAGCCCGACGACCGCAGACGUAGCAUUACCGACCGCGAUCUCCUCUCCUCUCUCUCAGACGAGCUCCUUAUUCGCAUCCUAUCGUUCCUCUCUCUCCAACACCUCCUCGCCAUUGCCCCUGUAUCGCGCCGCUUCUAUCAACUUGCCGGAGAUUCACAGCUAUGGAAGGGUCUAUACUACGCGCGCUUUGUGUUGCCGCGCGCCAUGAGGAUACCGGGAUUUCGAGACGCCGCGGUCGGCGGAGGCGGUACCGGUCACAAGCUGCACUACUCCGGCAGACAAACGCUGUGGGCUGAUGGUCGACGGGGCGGUCUUGUCCAGGAAAAGAAGGAGGGAGGCAAUAAGUCUGGAGUCAAGAGGAAGAGAGUCGAGCAAAGUACUUUCGACAACAACGGACUCGGGGUAGAAGAUGACACAUGGUUACAAGAGCGGAAAUGGGAACCGGUCAACUGGAAGAGGCAAUAUAAGAUCCGAUACAACUGGUCGAGGGGCAAAUGCGCGGUUGAAGAGCUGAGGAUAGGGGGUACGGCCGACACGACACAAGAAGGAAAUGAACAGCGGCAGGAGCGGAAAGUGCUCGUCAAAGUGGUGGAGGGAAUCGCAAUUACCGCGGACAAGGUGUCGGGCUUGCGCGCAUGGGACUUGAAGAGCAGACACCUGUUGGCGCAAGUGGGUCUUUGCGAGGAUGGGCUGGAUUCUACGCCGAGCUGCAUUGCGAUUGACGACACCGAGUUGGACCAUGGGAUACUGGAUGUGGGGGUAGGGUUCGUGGAUGGGAGUUUCGGUGUCUGGAGGUUUUCCAGCGGCGAGAACCGUCUCGUAAGGCGAUACAAACACGAAAAGUCGAGCAACGGAGAACUGGUUGCGAUGGCCUUGUCGUAUCCUUACUUGUUGACGGCGACGGCAGCGGUACUGGUAUCGCUUUACACGUUCGAGGUACCCGAACAGCCACCGACAGAGCAACCAGGUCAGGUUUUGAGGACGGACAGCGAAACGAGUACAACGACUAAUCCGGGUCAUUCAACGAAAGAAAAGUCGAAUAUCUUGGAAAACCAUGACGACACUCUUCCAGCGCCAUAUUUACUCACAUCCCUCAACUCCUACUCAUCUCGACCUCCUCUCGCACUAUCGAUACGGAAGAUGGCCUUGACAACCGUCGCCUCAAUAGCUUACACGUUUUCCACUCGACGUGGCUGGUCCAUUGGUCUUCAAGACAUGCACAUACGCGCCCCAACCACAGGUGUCAAGUCCGCUCCCGAAAUCACCACAACCAAAACAGCGUACACCAUGCCGUUGGACACCGGCAGCGGGCUACAAGCAACACCAGCAACACCUCUACACGAAAUAGUCGCCAGGUCUCGGGAGCCAGACAGCCCAUCCUCACGAUCUCAUCCAGAUAUGGCCGGGCCUACGACGCUCUGCUACACUCACCCCUAUCUCCUCGCUACUCUACCCGAUAACACCCUCGUGCUGCACAUGUGCACAUCCACCGCCUCCUCUCUGUCCAUCUCUCGCGGUAUCCGGCUAUGGGGCCACACGUCGGGGAUCAGCAAUGCCGAGAUCACGGCCAGGGGCAAGGCUGUUAGCGUCAGUUCGCGAGGCGAAGAGAUGCGUGUCUGGGAGCUAGAGGGACGGUCGAACGGGUUGGCAGCCGGAGCAUUGAGAUUAAACCAGGCCAAGCAUCAAAUAAGAGCAAUCUCGUCCCUACUAACGGCCUUGCAGUGGACAACCCAGAUCUGGAAUAUGACUGGGAUGAACGGAGGAAUUGGGUUGGGUUUGAUGAUGAGAUGGUCAUCGUUCUGA